CCAAAGGACUUUAGUACUUGGUGCUGUAGGUGCAAAGUACCAAGUACCUCUCUGUAGCGCAAAGCCAGGGCAACUUACCUCGCGCGCCCCUUCCUCCCCUCCCUCCAGCCUUGGGGGUUUGAUUGCGACAUUCCUGCCUUCGACCGCACUUCCUCUCUCCGUCUCUCUUGCCUCGUGUCUAGCUUCACUCAGCUUCACCCAGCUUCAUCACACACUUUUCAUCUUUUGAUCCAGCAACGCGACCGAGAUACCCCAAUACCCCAAUACAAUACCCUCCACGAGCUGCUUUCCCUGCCAUCAAGGAACACUUGCAUCAUCACCACUCACCAUGUCCUCCGCCGCUGUCAUCGGCUCGACCGGCCUCGUCGGCUCCAACAUCCUGUCGACCCUCCUCUCCGUCGACACCUUCAAGACCGUUCACACCAUCUCCCGCCGCGCGCCCAAGGCCACUGCAGCCAACCUCAAUGCCAUCGUCGAGGAGGACAACUCCAAGUGGGGCGCUGCCCUUGCCGCCAUCGCGCCGCUCCCCACGGCCGUCUUCUCCGCCCUCGGCACUACCCGCGCUGCUGCCGGCAGCAUCGAGAACCAGUGGAAGGUUGACCACGACCUCAACAUCGAGCUCGCCACCGCGGCCAAAAAGGCCGGCGUCAAGACCUUUGUCUUCGUCUCUAGCGGCGGCACUCGCGGGUUCCUGUCCAGCUCGUUCCCCUAUUCCAAGAUGAAGAACGGCGUCGAGGAUGCCAUCAAGGCCCUGGACUUUGAGCAGGCCAUCAUCCUCCGCCCCGGCAUGCUUCUAGGCAACCGCGGCGAAGGCCGGGCCCUCGAGGGCAUCUUUCAGGGUGCCGUCCGAGGCCUGGGCUCCAUCAGCCACGGGCUCCAGGAUUCGGUCGGCCAGGAAGCUGACGUGGUUGCUCGCGCCGCGAUCAGGGCAGUGCAGCUCGCCAACGAGGGCAAGGCCCCGGGCAAGUACUGGUCCGUCGAGCAAAAGGACAUUGUGAGGCUCGGUCGUACCGAGUGGCCGGAGAAGCCGGCUGCGGAGCCGACGACGCCUGCUGCUCAGUAGUCGGGAGAGACGGUGAGGGGGUGCCUUGGUACAGCGCGGACUUGCGGAGGGUUGCGAAUGGGAGGCUUGGGGGCUUUGGCGGUGAUGACGUCGUACAUGGCAAAGCUUGAUUAUCGCUGUGCGUCUGCGAAGAUGCAAGCGUUCGUAUCGACGCGACACAGUGCUGUGAUCUGUUUGACUGCGGCUGGCCGUGAUACGGGCACCUCGGGCGGCAGCCCGCGUGGUCUAUGCAGACUAAGGCAUGUCUCCGCCGGGGGACCUAACCUUACAUAGACGGCCUCUACUGUACAGAUUCGCCUGUGGCGCGGAGGAAGAGGCGGCUGGGCGUUGCCGAUGCUAUAACACGCGAUGGGGUCUCGAAGCGCGAAGUAAUGGGGGACUGACAACGGCCAAGUGUACUUUUGUGUGUUUUGUUGUUUGUCUUGCGAUUCGAAGCCGAGAUACCAACCAGAAUGCCAACCAUGCAUGUUACGGGUGCAGGCACGCACAUG